CGUCUGGGUGCGGAGGUUCAUCUGGGUCAGGAGGCUGCAGUGGAUCUGGGGGUCCGUCUGGGUGCAGAGGUUCGUCUGGGUCAGGAGGCUGCGAUGGAUCUGGGGGAUUGUCUGGGUGUGGAGGCUCGUCUGGGUGCGGAGGCUUGUCUGGGUGCAGAAGCUUGUCUGGGUGCAGAGGUUCGUCUGGGUGCAGAGGUGCAUCUGAGUGCGGAGGCUUGUCUGGGUGCAGAGGCUCGUCUGGGUGUGGAGGUUCAUCUGGGUGCAGAGGUGCGUCUGGGUGCGGAGGUUCGUCUGGGUGCAGAGGUUCGUCUGGGUGCAGAGGUGCGUCUGAGUGCAGAGGUGCAUCUGCAUCAGAAAAUCGGUGAG